UACUUAAUGUCUGUGACUUUGAAUAACACGACAUUGUACACUGACCUCGUAAUAUUUAUACUUUAAAAUAUUUCUAAGUAGGGCUAAGUUUGACAUGGCCUCAUUUGCGAGAAGAAUUAUACUCUGCAAGGGUGCUCUGCAAAAACCUCUAUUAAUCACUCACGUCUUGGACCAAGACUAUUCACACUAGGAAUAGAUCUAUAAUUUACUGCAGACAUGAUUUUUCGUUUCCGCCACGCCAUUUGGGGUAAAAAUCGAAGGACUGCUUGACUCAAGACAGCGUUUUGCAAGCCCUUAAGCGAGAUUGUCUAAUCUUUUACACUCGUGCCCCUUCGUGAGUUCAGUUGAAUUCUGCCAUCGUCAUUUGAUACAGCAUUGGUUACAGCUCAGCAAUCACCAUUGAGAUCGACUUGGAAAUGUAACUAGUUGACAAACAUUGGAUCCUGUUAUUGGCAAGAUGCCCCAGUCUAAGCGGAAGGCACCACUUGAUUCUCAUGGCUCCAAGCCUAAGAUGCGUCGAGUUACUCAACAUCAUGCCAGCAAGGAACAAGCAGACAGGGUGUACAGUCAGGAAGAUCAGGAAUAUGAGGAUGACGAUUUUGGGCAGACUUUGCCGCCCUUACAUAUAUACAUAAAAAGAGUUCUUGACAAAUACCCUGAAGGUGGUCAGAUAUUAAAGGAACUGGUGCAGAAUGCUGACGAUGCAGAGGCAAAGACGGUAGUUUUUCUUUACGAUAAAUCACAACAUCCUGAUCGCCAACUGUGGUCUGACACGUUGCGGGACUUCCAAGGACCAGCCCUCUAUGCCUACAACGACGCAACGUUUCGGAAGGAAGACUGGAAGAACAUCCAGCACCCCGAGCAGAGUGGCAAGCUGGAAGACCUAACGAAGGUGGGCAGGUUCGGUCUGGGCUUCAUCUCCGUUUAUCAUCUCACAGAUAUGCCUUCCGUUGUCAGUGGAAACCAAAUCGGCUUUUUAGACCCACUAGAAAAGCAUUUUACCCACGAUCCUCACACCAACACAAGAUACAAGGGAAGACGAGGUAAGAAGUGGAGAAUGUCAGCUGACCUAUUGGCUAAAUUUCCAGACCAGUUUUUGCCCUACUUGAUCGACUUGUUCCACUUUAGUAAAAGAGAUUUUCGCGAUGGGAAAUUAGACGGUACCAUUUUUCGGUUUCCAUUGCGUACAAGCCCAUCAUUAAUAAGCAAGUCAGUCUUUGGGGAUCAGGAUCGAGUGAAGGAACUGUUGGUGUCAUUUCAAGCAGAUGCAGAAGUCUCUCUGUUGUUUCUUAAGCACGUGGAGUCCAUUUCUGUCUAUGAAAGAGAUCACUACCAUGACCGCCCUAAACUUACCUACAGGGUGCAGAUCAGUCAAAAAGAUCGUCAACAAGUUCAGUCGAGCAGGGCAACAUUUCUUGGUCAGAUUUUGUCAAAACACAAUAUCCAAACAGAGAGUUUUGUGCGAAUAGAAAAGCAAGUUGGCAAACAGACUGUUGAGAAUACCAGUGCAUACAUCACCGUUAACAUCUUAAAGAACAGAAGUACAUCUAGACGUAUGCAGGAACUAAUCAGAGAUGAGGACUUAAAGUUGCUACCUUGGAUGGGAAUGUCCUUCCAGAUCAGUGCAGCAGGAUUAGCUGCAGAGCAGCAAACUGGCCGUGUAUUCUGCUUCCUGCCAUUACCAGAAAGCGAAACUACUGGUUUACCAGUACACAUACAUGGCUACUUUGGUCUGGGAGACAACCGCCGCAGUAUCAAGUGGCCAGAUCGGGAGUCUCAGCAUGACAACAAGGCUCUGUGGAACAAGCUUCUCUUGGAGGAAGUUUUUCCCGAGCUCUAUGCAAAGGUGGUCUUGGCUGCUGUCCGUAGGAGUAAAGAUUGCGAAAAUCCCAUCAAGCCAUUAGAUGUGUACAGAGGAUGGCCUUCUAUUGGACGUGUUAAUGGAGCAUGGUUAGCUGGGGUCAAGAAAUUCCUCCAGUUAAUGGCAAAUGAAGACGUUUUUUACUCGGACUACAAUGGUGGCUCCUGGAUGAAACCAAGUGAUAAAAUCUAUGUUGAUCCUGAGGAAAGUGCCUUGAUUUCAAAGGUGCUGAAAUUCAAAGGCUGCCCAGUUGCACAGCCUCCAAAGCACAUCUUAGAAUCUCUUGAUUGGGCAGGUGUGUGUUACAAGAAGGUAACGCCUGCAAUCGUAAGAAAUAUGAUUAGAGGGGAUUCACUGCAGUUCCUGUUACGUGACGAGAAGAUGCAGCUUCUUAAAUACGUGUCUAGUGAAGACAUUUCAGAUCUGUACGACUUGUCUCUUCUUCCGCUGCAAACUGGCGAAUUCAUUUCGUUUCGUCACGAUGCGAAGAAAGUAUACAUAGCGACAAGUGAGAAUCCAAGUUCUCUCAUUCCAAAUGGAGGAUCAAGAUUUGCUGCCAGUGAUCUGCCAUCAGGACUGAUGAAAUCCAGUGUGGAGAAAUGCACUCAACUGAAGUACCUCAGCGUUUAUGAUGUUGCUCCGUUGCUCAGAGAGACUCUUCCAAUCACUUGGAGAGAAGGAUCAGACACUACCUUACCUUGGACACCAGGGAAAAACCAACAACCGAAGGAAGAGUGGUUGAUGGAGUUAUGGAAGUGGAUGGCUAAAACAUUCAUAGAGUCAGACCUUGAACUCUUUAAAGGCAUCCCUCUCAUCCCAAUAUCAAACAAUCAACUGGCAAGACUGCAGGAGGGUACGCUGAUAUGCAGGGAACAGAGGGGAAGCUCCUAUGGUGAUUUGUCAAUACGCUUGUCAGAUAACAUCUGUUCGUUUCUAGAGUCUGUUGGGGCAGUUGUUUUAAAGCAAAAUAUUCCAACAUACAUAUCUCGCCAUCCUGAAGUAUGCAGAUUUGUCAGCUCCCCAACAGCUACAGGUGUAAUUACGGUUCUAAACAAACUCAGCCGUAAAAUAUACUUUUCGAGAUGCAUUGCAAGGUUGGCUUCGAGUACAAAAGAUGAACUACGUACUCUAUUCGCACAACUUCACCAAUUGACAACUCAACAGAGAAACUUCCUCAGAGAGCUCCCAAUUUUCCUAACCAGUAAUGGCCAAUACAUCUCAGUAAGCAUGUGUGGAACUGCUGUACCCAAGGACUAUUUUGGGUUACCUUUGAAAAAAUUGAGAUGUCAGUGUCUCCUUUUAAGCUCUGGUAAGUCAGACAGCCUACUUUCACGGCUUGGGGUUCACAUUGAGUCACCUUACGAACUUCUGCAAAACAACGUCCUUCCUGCAGUUCAAGAUAAAUUCUACAAUGACAGCAAUUCACUGAGAAUCAUGACGUGGGUCUUGGAACGUCCCGAGUUUGACAGCUUGGUGACAGAUCUGAAGUUCGUUCCGUCCUUGGAAUGUAAAGUGAAGCCGAAGGAGUUAUUUGAGCCCUCUCGAAACCUCGUAGCAAUGUUUAGAGGCAUGAGUGUAUUUCCGACUGGCCGGUAUUCCGAAGGCAGAUUGUUAAACAACUUGAAACGAGUCGGACUGAAGAAAGAGGCUUGCAUUACACUAGAUGAUAUUUUGGGGUGUGCAAUGGAUGUUUCUCAAACUCAAGCCAGAGGCAAGGUUGAUAUCAAAAGAGGAUCAGCCCUCUUAGAACAUAUCGAGCGAUACCCACAUGUCUUACAAGGGACGGUCACGAGAAAUGGAAUUUGUAAAGCACUUCACGAGUUUCUUGAAGACAUGUUUUGGGUUCCAUGUGAAGCUUUACCACCCGUGAACUAUCCUGCCUCUGCUGGAUGGAAGGGAAAUUCCUACAAACUUUGCACUCCAAGACAAGUGGGUCUCAUUGAGACUGCUUUGCUACAAGGCUCUGUGCUCCCUCUCGUCAAGUCAGAAGGCGCCGGGGAGGAACUGCUGAGUGUCUUUGGAUGGAGUAAGAAACUUGAUCCCAGCAAUUACCAGCACCUCCAACGAGUCAUACUUCAUCUUAAACAUGCUUCUACCACCUACCGGAUAGUUCGGGGAGAUGCAUUUGUUGUUUCUCCAAUGGUGUCUGAGAUAUACUCGUUCCUAAGUAAAUCAGAAAGUGCACAGUUAAGAUACCUCUUUGAUAACUACUUGAAAGCUCAACCAUGGGUCUGGCAUGGUUCUGGUUUCACUACACCUGACAAGAUAGCCUUAAGCCACGGAACACUUGGCGUUACUUUUACUCCAUAUCUCCGAGUUGUUCCUGAAGAUUUUUUGAAGUUCAGAAAGUUUUUCACCACUAUGGGGGUCAAAGAAACCUUUCAAGAGAGUGUCCUUAGUGAAGUGCUUGAAAUUGUCCAGCAGAAAUAUCAAGCCACAUCGGUCUCCAGUGAACAGGAAUACAAGACAGACUUAAAUCUGGUCUGUAACAUCUUGAGGCAUAUAGUAAGCCAGGACAAAAUUCACGUAGACAGAUCAAAGAUUUUAGUUCCAUGCAGAGAAUCAGGUAAACGUGGAAGACACCUACACAUGGUACACUCCUCCGAAUGUCUGUAUGUUGACGAGGAGCGACUUGCAAAGCACGUAUUUGCAGAAGGAUUUCAAGAUCUUGACAAGCCAAUAAUUCACGAACUAGUGCCCAACUGGAUUGCUCAUAAAUUGGAAUUACAACCACUGAGUCACGUGAUUGCUCCCGUUGAAGCAGUGGAGUAUGGAUAUGAGGUUUCCGGUCCACAUGAGACAACGGUUAAUGCCAUCAAGCGUAAUCUUGAGAUGUACAAGGAAGGACCAGGCAUCUUAAAUGAGUUGAUUCAGAAUGCUGAUGAUGCUGGAGCUACUGAGGUUAAAUUUCUACUUGAUUGGCGUCGAAAUGAGCGAACAGCUCACGACCUGUUAAGUGAAGGGAUGAAAACAUGUCACGGUCCAGCUUUAUGGGCUUACAACAAUGCCCGCUUCUCAAAAGAUGAUAUAACAAACAUCUGCAAUAUUGCUGCCCAGAGCAAAAAGCAUCAGCUUGAAAAAGUUGGGCGGUUUGGAUUGGGGUUCACAUCAGUAUAUCACUUGACCGACGUUCCAAGUGUUGUCAGCGGCCCUUACGUGCUUAUCUGUGAUCCAAGAACCACCCAUCUUGGUUCUCGAGUUCAGCCGAGUCAGCCCGGUAUAAAGCUUGAUCUGAGAAAAGAACUUCACAAACAGACACUUCGGACUUACCCAAACCAGUUCCAUCCAUACGAUGGCAUAUUUGGCUGUAACCUGUUGGACAGAGCAAACUUUGCCCACACACUUAUCAGGUUACCACUGCGGACAGAUGUGGAAAUUGAUGUCCAACUGCAGAAUCAGAUUUCUGAUUCUGUCUUUGAUUCAAAAAAGAGUUUGAAACCCCUGCUAGAUUCGUUGGAGAAAUCGGCUUCCACUCUGCUUCUCUUUACUCAAAACGUAGUUCAUGUUAGUGUGCAUGAACUUCAGUCUGAAAAUGUGAAUGAUAUGAAAACUUUGAUGUCCAUCACUGUUUCAGCGAUUCAUCAGUUGCCGAGGUCGAUUUCAAGUGCAGGAGACUUUGCAAAACAACGUGGGAUCCUGAAAGCCACAGCAGCAUAUAUGAAAGACCGCGACUUUAGCCUGCCAGUUCCAGAAACAACUAUGAUCGUUAAGGUGACUUUGGAAACUGGUGUGUGUGGAAAAGGCGCUAAAAAGAAGCCGAAGAAGACGACUUGUCAUUUCAUCGUCAGCUCCUGUAUGACAUCUGGAAAGUCUCAACAGCUCGCCCGCACCAAAAAUGGCAUUAAAGCUGGAGUUUUGCCGUGUGGUGGAGUUGCCGCAAAAUUGGUCUCAGGUAAGAAGGGACUGACUCCUGAAACCACUCACGGUAAGGCAUUUAGCUAUCUUCCUCUUGAUGUCUCAACAGGCCUCGGUUUUCAUGUCAAUGGCAAUUUCUUACUUCAACCUAACCGACGACAGCUGUGGAGUAAACCUUCCUCUGACACUGGGGAGUUUGAGAGUCGCUGGAAUAUUGGUUUUAUGGAGUCAGUUCUGUUAGAGGCUUUCUUUAAUCUGUUGAAAGAUCUUCAAGCUCUGCAGAAACAAAGCAUUGUUGAUGCACGGAACUUCCAGUGUUUGUGGCCCAGACGGAGUGAAUCUGAGAGUGAUUUUUAUCCGCUGGCUGAUGCCUUCUACAAGUCUUUAGGAGGGAGUAGUGAUGUUGCACCAGCAGUAGUCUUCAAUCAAUCAAAGUGGAUGUCAUGUCAUCAAUGCAUCUUCACUGAGUGGAGUCUACAUGACCCAGAUGACUUAAAAAGUAGCAUAAAAGCAUUGCUUAACAAGCACGAAUACCCAAAGCGAUGUGUGGAACUGGAAACUGAUGUCGUAAUGAGCAUCAAACUAGCAGGAGCAAGCAGAUGUUUCGAUGGAAACACCUUCAGCAUUGAGCGAUUUCUUUCUGAGGUAUUCUUUCCAAUGUUGAAGAAGCACUCGGAUGGCAUCGAGUCUGACCACAGAGAUAGAAUUGUUGCUCACGUGUUGGACCAGCGUCUCGGCGAAAGAAAAGUAAGAGAUUAUGAUAAACUCCUCAGGACAACAGAUUGCAUUCCUACUUCCCCGAAUGGUGAGUUCUUAGCAAGUCCUAAGGAGUUGGUUAAUCCAACCACACAGGUUGGAUCACUUUACGACGAAAGUGAAUUUCGGUUUCCACAUGGGAAGGUCUACCGUCAACAAGAACGUCUUCUGUCAUUGUCUCAGCUAGGAAUGGCUUCACAUGAUCUAUCCUGGGAAGAUAUUUGUGAAAGGGCAGAAACUUUGACAAAGAGAGCGAAUGUUGACCACAGGUGUAAAACUCUCCUUAAGCUAAUAGAUGAAAAACUAAGAAGGUGUGAGGAGCCAACGGCCGAUCAGAAAAGAAGAAUCCGUGAAGCUGCUUUCCUUCCUGUCAUGAAGAAGCCUCUAAGAUAUCCAAUUGGCUGGUUUCAGUGUGGAGAUGAGCAUGCAUCAGCAGAAAGGCUCUUUGCGGCAGAACACAAGUACCUACUAGGCUCUGUUCAACGGCUUUUGGAGAGAAUAGACUGGGGCCAGAGGCUAUGAGCCAG